AUGCCGCACGUCGAAGUGCUCCCCAACUCGGCUGCUGCCAUCGCACCAGGAUGGACCUACGUAGUUGACACGGGCUACGACCCCUCGAAGAUCGCCAUCAACCCCAAGAACAAAAAGCGCGCCGCCGCCAACCCCAACCAGCGCAGCGAGAAUGAGCUCAGCUCGCGACAGCAAACGGCCAUCGCGCGGCGCAUAGCAGAGCUGAACCGGGACAACGACCCGAAACAGAGCAUCCCGAUACCCGGGAAAGCCUCUAUCCCCAAGACGCAGAAUGCCCGAAGAAUCAUACAGUACCAGCGGCAGAUCAAGCACUGGCUCGACGACGAGGAAGCGCAGCUCGCGCUGGCGCAACAAGCACCGCUCCCGCGGUCCGCGACAGCAGCCUCCCGCCUCGCAGCUCAACCGCUGCGACGCUCGAGUACCAUGGCCUCGGUGCCACCCACGCCCUCUGAGACAACGCCCGCGCCGCCUGCGCCUACUCCGACAAAGCCAAGGUCUUCGCGGAUGGACCUCGACGACGACCCGCUCCUUGCCAUCGACGACUCUCUGCCACCGCCCGUUAGUCAAGCCGACCUCGACGCUCUGCUCGCUGCCCCCCCGCUCUCGUACGCUGCUUCGCAUGUUGCUCCUCCGCCAGUGGGUGGGCCGCCACAGCGGCACUUCUGCGAUAACUGCGGGUAUUGGGGCAAGAUCAAGUGCUUGAAGUGUGGCGCAAGAGUGUGUGGUAUGGAGUGUAAAGAUGCCCACGAAGCGACCCGCUGUCUGAAGUGGGCGUGA